AUGCGAAAGUUGGAAUCGGACGACAUGGGAGUGAAGGUUGAUGGUCGGCAGCUACACCAUUUGCGCUUUGUUGAUGACAUAGUACUGAUAACACCUUGCAUCAGCCAAGACGAAUUCGACGAAAAAUGUAGAUGCAUCGGUCUCCAGCUGAAUCUGCAAAAGACGAUGUUCAUGCGGAACGGAUGGGUCUCGGAUGACCCAUUCACGCUCAACGGAACGAACAUAUCCGAAUGCACCAGCUACGUUUAUCUGGGUCGGGAACUGAACAUGAUGAACGACCUGACCCCCGAAUUGGGCAGGAGGAGACGAGCGGCUUGGGGAGCGUACAAGAGCAUCGAGGUUGUGGUGAAGAAGACCAGGAACACCCGGCUCCGUGCUCACCUCUUCAACACCACCGUACUUCCUGCUUUGACAUAUGCUUCGGAAACCUGGACAUUUCGCAAGCAGAAAGAAAACGCGGUGAGCGUCAUUGAACGCGCAAUUGAUAGAGUGAUGCUAGGAGUAUCCCGUUUCGCGCAAGUGAGGGGCGGGAUUCGAAGUUCUCUCCUACGUCAGCGAUCGAAGAUUAGAGACGCCGCCGCGUUUGCCAAGGAAAGUAAAAUAAGGUGGGCCGAACACGUGAUGCGCUUUAAUGACAACCGUUGGACCAGAGCCGUGAGCAACUGGGUUCCCCGCGAUAUUAAGCGCACUACAGGAAGACCGCCGACCCGAUGGUCAGAUUUCUUCACGAAGUCCUUCAAAGAAAAAUAUGAUGCUCUUCGUGUCCCACGCGAAAGGAGGAACCACUGGGCUACUCUGGCACGCGAUCGGGACAAAUGGAAGAAUUACUGGCGCCCGCUCGACCAGUUCGAAGAUCAACGGGAGUCAAGGUGA